GCCCCCCUGACCUCCCCCGGCCCGGAGCGGCCCCGGGAGCCGCCAUCGCCACAUCGCCGGAAGUGCCGCAAGGGCGCCGCCAUUGGUCCGUCCUCAAACACGCCCCGCCCGCGGUCCGGCCGGGAAACGCGGCAGGAACAUUAGUUCCGGAGGGAAACGCGGCGCAUCCCAUUCCCAGCCCCGAGCCGGGCGGGGGUCGCCGGCGGGGACACCCCCGAGGGUCCCGAGGGAGGCGCUGGAAGCGGCCUGGAUGUGCUGCCAGCCCUUGUGCUGGGCUGGCGUGCUGGCACACGUGCCACCACGCCUGGCUCCCAGUGUGGCCACGAUGGGACACGGAUGAAGCCAUGAGUGUCCUGCUCCCCACGCUUGUCCUGCUGGUGGCCACCACGGCCGUCCUGCUGGCCGCCCGCGUUUGGAAGGCGCGGAAGCGCCUCGGGGGCCGGGCCGGGGGCUCGCGGUGCUGCCGAGCGGCCCCGCGGGCUCCCGGUUCCCCCCGGGCUGAGGAGAGCCCUGCCCAGGGCCCGGCCGCCCCGGAGAGCCCCCCGUACAUGCCCUGCGGCUGCGGGCCCUGCUGCACCCCCUGCGUGACGGCGGCCCGCGAGCUGCAGGACCUGGUGACGCCGCUGUGGCCCGAGGUGUCCCUGCCGCGGGACUCGGAGCUGUGGCAGCUGUGGUGGCAGGACCUGGAGCAGCUGCUGGAGCGAGGCCCCCUGCCCUGCUGCGCCUCCCCCGGGAGCCUCCAUCCCUGGCGGAGCCUCAGCGCCGGGGAAGGCCUCGCGGACAGGUCCUGCUGCUCCCUGGCAGCCGCAGGCUCGAGGAGACCCUGCUCAUCCCUGAGGAUGCACGUGGCCAGGAAGAGCCUGGAGGUGAAGCUGAGAGCCCAGCCCAUGGCAGUGAGGCGCUCUCGGGAGCGGCUGGGGCUGGGGGAAGCGUGGCCCCGCUCCUCCCAGAGCUUCCCUGGCUCCGAGAGCCCCAGCGGGAGCUGCCGGACUCCGGACGGGGAGGAGGCCUCGGACAGCUCGCCGAGCUCCACCGGAUCCGCAGAUAUCAGCGGGGCCCGCGAGGCCCUCAGGAUGCACGUGGCCAAGAAGAGCCUGGAAGUGAAACUGGGGGCCCGGCCUGCUCCCGUGAGGAGCUCCCAGCAGCAGGCGGCACAGCAGGAAGCGUCCUGGAGCCACUGGCACCCCAUCCACAGCCCCCACAGCACGGCAGGGCGGCCAAGCUGCUCCGUGUCAGAGAAGAUCCUCCAGAGGCAACGCGAGCUGGAGUUCCCCCAUCUCCAGGGGUCUCCUCCAAGCAGGAUGAGGCCCCUGUUGGCAGCUCAGAUACUUCUGAGGAUGCUCUAUUUUAAAUAA